GUCUCCCUUGUUAUAUUUAUGCCUUCUUCGUGUUGUAAUUGCUAUUCUAUUCCAUUAAAUUUUGAUUAGGAGCUUUCUUCUUCGCAUUUCAUUAUGAUUAUAUAUAAAAAUGGUCUCUUUAAUCAUUCACUCAUUCGACUUUCUCCUCAAUUUUGCAAUUUUCUUUCAUAAAACUGAAUUGAAAGAAUACUUGCAGGGCAUUGUUACAGCUUGUAGUACACGUCAAGUAAUAAAGUCAACGCAUUCCUCAACCAAGAGAACAAUAGAGAAAGUCAACACGUUUUAGUUUUUGGGUUAUUCUUCUCAGAUCAAGUCUACUAUCGUUCAGAGAAGAAAAUGGUAAAAUGGUCGGACUUGCCACCGGAGAUUCUCCAUUCGAUCUCCCUAAAAAUCGACAAUCCCUUUGAUCUGAUCCACUUUCGGUCGGUUUGUUCCUUUUGGCGAUCUUCUAGUCUCCUCAAAUUCAGACACAUGACAUCACUUAGAUGUCCUCUUCCCCUUGAUCCCGGCGGUUGUGGUGAUGAUUGCCAUAUCUUGAGCAGCCGUGUUUACCUUCUCAAGUCUCCUAAUCGCGACCGUCCCCAAUAUUGGUUGUUUAAGCUACAAGCAAAAGAGAAUGGAGAAGUUGUUCUACAUAGUUUGUUCUUAAGAAGACACUCCUCUGCGUAUGGAUGCUUGUAUCCAAGUCUGUCACUUGAUUUGCUUAAUUGUCAAAUCUUUGAGCUAGCGAAAGAACAUGUGGCAUGUUACAGCGAAUGGUCUGAAUUAUUCGAAUGCAUUUCAAAAUGUGAAGAACGUAUCGGCUUUAUGGGUUUAAGCACAGAGAACAACGAAUAUAUGAUUCUAGGGAAGCUCUCAUUCAAUGGUCUCGCAAUGUUUAGGUCAGUCGAUAAGCGUUGGACUGAGCUUGGGAUAAUCUAUGAUUCAUUUUUUGAAGGGAUAGUUCCAUUUAAAGGUAAGUUUUACGCAAUAGAUCGCACUGGAAAAACAACAGUGGUAGAGCCAACUCUAGAAGUGAAUACAUUUCAGCGGUCAAGGCCUUGUGAUAAGACAAGGAAACGUUGGCUUGUAAUGUCAGGGGACAAACUCAUACUCGUAGAGAUGUGCACAAAGAGCCGAUACGAUUUUCACAUACCAAACAUCCGUGAGAAAAAGAUAUGGUUCGAAAUAUCAGAGUUAAACGAGGAAAGAAACGAUUGGGAUCAAGUGGAAGAUAUGGAUGGUCGCGUGUUGUUCUUGGAGCAUUAUUGCAGUUUCUCAUGCUUGGCUACUGAGAUUCCGGGGUUUAGGGCUAACUCUAUAAUCUUCAUGGACUUGUGGGGAGGAUCUAACUCGUAUGAACAUGAAAGCAUUCUCGUAUAUGAAUUUGAUGAGCAAGGAAUAAGAACUUUAAUAGAUAAACAGGAGUAUAUAGAGCUGUUUCCAUCUCCCCCUGGUUGGGUAAUCUCCAACAGAUGAUCAUAUAUAUCUUGAUCAGUUUAUUCUAUGUAACGAAGAUUUUUUUCUUCA